CUCACUGCAGAGGCAGCUGCACUGUGCCAGGAGCUUCUGGGGUGCGUCCAUCUCGCAGGGUUCGCCUAGGCAGGCUCCGGGUUCCAGAGGCACGCAAAGUGGAAGCCUUCCCUUCUGGGCAUCGGCAUCGACAGCAGAGCCCGCCUGCCCUCUGCCACCAUGAGCGGCUGCUCCAAAAGCUGCAAGCUUGGCUUCGUGAAAUUUGCCCAGACCAUCUUUAAGCUCAUCACUGGGACCCUCAGCAAAGAUAAGAUUGAAGAUGAGUUGGAGAUGACCAUGGUCUGCCAUCGGCCUGAGGGCCUGGAGCAGCUGGAGGCCCAGACGAACUUCACCAAGAGGGAGCUGCAAGUCCUCUAUCGAGGCUUCAAAAACGAGUGUCCCAGCGGUGUGGUCAAUGAAGAAACGUUCAAGCAGAUCUACGCACAGUUCUUCCCGCAUGGAGAUGCCAGCACCUACGCCCAUUACCUCUUCCACGCCUUCGACACCACCCAGACAGGCUCGGUGAAGUUCGAGGACUUCGUCACCGCUCUGUCGAUUUUACUGAGAGGAACCGUCCACGAGAAGCUCAGGUGGACGUUUAAUCUGUAUGACAUCAAUAAAGAUGGAUACAUAAACAAAGAGGAGAUGAUGGACAUUGUCAAAGCCAUCUACGACAUGAUGGGGAAGUACACGUAUCCUGUGCUCAAAGAAGACACUCCAAGGCAGCACGUGGAUGUCUUCUUCCAGAAAAUGGACAAAAAUAAAGACGGGAUCGUGACUUUAGAUGAAUUUCUUGAAUCCUGUCAGGAGGAUGACAACAUCAUGAGGUCCCUCCAGCUGUUCCAAAACGUCAUGUAACUACGGACACAGCCAUCUGGCUCUCAGAGACGUUGUACUAAACCACCGACUUAACACCUUGACCUGCUCGCCUUCUGAUUUUACACAAUGACUCUGGGACAGAAACGCCUUCUGACGCUCGG